UUUUCCAUAAUUUCAAUUCCAUUUCCCCUGCUACAUCUACUGUUUUAAUUUCCCAUUUUUAACACCAAAAAAAAAAGCUGAAGAUCCCCUAAUCCAUCUCUCCCAUUAGUAUUAGCAUCUGGUUUGAACUAAUAGGUUGUGUGGUUUUAAGAUAGAGAAAACAAGAAAAGCGUGGGAUUUUACAUUAGAUCUAGCGCUGUUAUUGAAGUUCGAUCGAGAGCAUGUUGUUCCACACUUGUGUUUGUAUUUACACUCACCAAAAAUGUGAUCUUUGAGCUGCAUAAAAUGGGGAUCUGUUUGAGCAAUCAGAUAAAGGCUGAGAGCCCUUUUCAUACCACCACAGGUGCAAUCUCGUCUAAAAUGAUAAGCGGAGAUGGGACCGAGUUAAGCUGUUCGAGUAGCAAGAGAUCCUCUGCUUCCAUACCUCCAACUCCCCGGAGUGAAGGUGAGAUAUUGCAGUCCUCCAACCUGAAAAGCUUUGCCUUCAGCGAUCUCAAGGCUGCCACACGAAACUUUCGCCCCGACAGCGUGUUGGGGGAAGGAGGUUUUGGUUCUGUUUUCAAAGGUUGGAUGGAUGAGCAUUCUCUCACAGCAUCAAGGCCUGGCUCUAGCAUGGUUGUUGCUGUCAAGAGGCUCAACCAAGAGGGCUGGCAGGGCCACAAGGAAUGGUUGGCGGAAAUCAACUAUCUUGGGCAGCUGCGUCAUCCGAAUCUUGUGAAAUUGAUUGGUUACUGCUUAGAGGAUGACCACAGACUUCUGGUGUAUGAGUUCAUGCCAAGGGGAAGCAUGGAGAAUCAUCUAUUCAGGAGAGGGUCUUACUUCCAGCCGCUGUCGUGGCGCAUAAGAGUGAAAAUUGCUCUGGGUGCAGCAAGGGGUCUUGCCUUCCUUCACAAUGCUGAAACACAAGUGAUAUACCGGGACUUCAAGACUUCUAAUAUCUUGCUUGAUUCGAACUACAAUGCCAAACUCUCUGAUUUCGGACUGGCUAGAGACGGGCCAACUGGUGACAAGAGUCAUGUCUCCACUCGAAUCAUGGGUACUUACGGAUAUGCUGCCCCGGAGUAUCUAUCCACAGGCCACUUAACCACCAAGAGCGAUGUAUACAGCUUUGGAGUGGUAUUCUUGGAGAUUCUAACUGGUAAGAAAGCAAUAGACAAGAAUCGGCCGAUGGGGGAGCAUAGUCUGGUGGAGUGGGCGAAACCUUACCUGACAAACAAGCGCAGAAUAUCCCGUGUGAUGGAUAGCCGCAUUGAAGGGCAAUACACAGUUGAUCUAGCCUUAAAGGCAGCUGCCCUUGCUCUCCAAUGCAUAUAUAUGGAUCCCAGAACUAGGCCUACUAUGGAUGAGGUGAUAAUAGCUUUGGAACAGCUCCUUGACUCAAAGGACGCCUUCAAAUCCGAAAAGGAGGAAAAAGAUCACGGCCUGAAUAGGCGACGCCAAUCAAAUUCAAAUGCCGGACCUAAGCCCUGCAAGACCAGUGCUGGAGGAGGGCGCCCCGCACCUGCUUAUCCGAGACCUGCUCUUUAUGCAUAGAUGCUUGUAAAUAAUCUUUUUUCGGUGUUCUGUAAUGCAUAUGUUGAGCUUCUGUAGUGCCUUAGAGUUUUGAGCUUCUUCUGGUUGAUAAUAUAUACAUGCUGUAAUAUUCAAAUAUCUUCUAUAUAUAUGUAUCUUGUAAUUUUAAUUUUA